AUGUAUCGGCGCUGCAAGCUUGGAAUGCGGACUAUUUGCAAACGCAUGAGAAAAUAUGGAAGUCGCCAACUGCUGCUGCUGCUGCUGGUGGUGGUUUUUCGGUUUGGUCGUUAUCUCUCGUUUGGUGGGAGGACUUCGAUGGUGUUUUUGGCUCUGCCCAAGUAUACGUGCAGCACCGCGCCUCUUUCCAGUUUCCGAUGUGGUGAUUGUGCGCCCCCUUUGCUUUGGUGGGGCUGGUCGUUCACGCAUUUGUUUGUGGCGUUUGCAACGGGACUGGAGCUGGGUCUCUCAAUCGCAACGCCUUUUGUGUGA